ACGUAUUAUCGCGAUAGCUAACGAAACAUCGUUGUAGAGAAAAUUACAGCAAAAUAUAUAUUUAUGUAGAUUAUUUUUAUGACUGCAGUAUUAUAGAUACAUAUCACUCAAGUAGCGGAGUAAUACAGAAACUGGACUGGAAGAUUGCGCACUAGUUCUUUCGUCAGCGGUAGUGUACGGGCAAAGUUGUGUGUGGUAUUUUGUGUGUCUUGACGGCUUAAAUAAUUUUGUGUACAUCAUGAGCUGGCAGGAUUACGUUGAUAAGCAGUUGCUAGCUUCUCGUUGUGUGACAAAAGCAGCAAUCGCAGGACACGAUGGAAAUGUGUGGGCGAAAUCCGAUGGAUUCGAAGUGUCCAAAGAAGAAAUUGCAAAACUCGUGCAAGGAUUUGAGAAGCAGGAUAUCCUGACGUCAUCCGGGGUGACGUUGGCUGGAAAUCGUUAUAUAUACCUCUCUGGCACUGACAGAGUGAUAAGAGCCAAACUUGGCAAAGUAGGUGUUCAUUGCAUGAAGACGCAACAAGCUGUCGUCGUCUCCCUAUACGAAGAUCCAAUCCAACCUCAGCAGGCAGCGUCUGUAGUGGAAAAGCUAGGGGAUUACUUAGUGUCCUGUGGAUACUAGAGAUAAUAUAUAGGACUGUUCUCCUGUGGUGAUAAAAGCAAAACGUCAGAAUUUUUUUUUAUUUUCUUGAAACAGCGAACAGUAAUGUGCAUCAUGGUUCCGGCUAAAAUGAUUCAGUUUGGGUUAAAACUCAUCUGGUGUAAUCUUGAACUGCAUUUUUUUUUCCUUAUUCUCAAUACCUUGUGCCCGGAUAUUUGUGACAAGCCGCGCUUGAGUGAAUGUCUGAAUUGAGGCAUUGAGCAUUUCAUGAGCUCCUCAAUCUUUUGAAUAGCCAGUUUC